AUGACAUCCGUCGGUGACGAGAUUAAGGAAUGGCAAAGAUUGCUAGAUCUCACAAAUGUUAAAAGUGUGAAGGAUAAGAUAAAUAAACAUAUUACAGAUCUCAAAUGUAUCAGUCCAUGCACCAUUAAUUCCACUAUUAAUGGUACAAAUGGUGAUGUUAAAUCUUCCAAGCAAUGUAAAACAAUUAAUGAGUUUUCAUGGGAACAAGAGACAUCCUCAAUAAAAAUAAGAAUCAAGUUUGAUAAUAUAUCCACACAUGACCGAUCCAAAAUUAAUCUACAAUGCGAUGCAUCUUCCGUGUCACUAACAGUUAAUGAUUUUAAAUCACCAGAUAAUAAUGCUAAUUAUAUGUUUCGCAUUGCUAAAUUACAUUCAAAAAUUAACCCUGAAAAAUCAAGCUACCAUUUGAAAACAAACUAUAUAGUGUUGUCAUUAGAGAAGGAAUCACCAGGCCAUUGGCCCAGCGUAGAAUAUAAACAAUCGAAUAUAACCAAACCUAAGAUUCCUGAAGCAGAUAAGGAUAGUGACCCAAAUUCAAUGCUGAUCGAUUUGAUGAAAAAUCUCUAUCAGGAAGGUGACGAUGAAAUGAAGCGAACCAUAGCCAAAGCGUGGACGGAGGCAAAUGAAAAACGUAAUUUUGUAUAA